AUGAGUCGAGCACUGCGACAGAAGGAAAUAGAAGAUCAGCUUGCCGGUUGCGCUACUUCUGGCCAGCUGCCCUUCUUUCAUUUUUGGGCUUCUGAUGGUGGUGAGUCGCCCUUGUGGCGGUGUGCUGCUUAUGUGGUGCGUGUGAGGGCAGGUGGAUUUAUGGUGGUCCUUCCGGGUGAGGAGGAGAUCACCUCAUUUUUUGAAGGAGGUUGUUCUCCGGAUUCAGAGCAUUUUGCCUUCCAUGUUGGUGAGGCAGAAAUUGAGACUCCCAGGGGUCGCCAUUUGGGGCAGUGCGAUGUGGUGCUUGUGGACUGCCCUUGGUCCUUGCUCUCGGUUUUGCAUAGGCCUAUUUCGUUGCGUCCUGAGAUCGCCCAGUCCAUGUACAAGUUCAAAUGCGGUGGCACCAUGGGGCGGCCUGUGCGAGCUUCAGCUGAAGCUCUUGCUUCCUCCUGGGUUGCCGAAGUGAUGGACGAGGAGACGGCUGCUGAGUACCAGACUCCAGAGGAAGAUCCCCCGGACUUGGAGGGGGUUCCUGCUAGCGAGUCAGAGCUGAUGAUUGCGCAGCUGAUGGAGCGCAUUCGAGUUUUGGAAGAACAACGUCUGGUGCCAGGUGCCUCCGGUCUUGUGCCUGUUCCCAAUGGAGGGUCAGCACCUGAAGGUUUGCUUGGGCGCGGAGAUCUCUCUGCUCCGGCCUCCAGCGCUGCCAUGGAAAAGUUGAAGAUGUUGGCUGGUGCUGGUCCCACGCGGGUGGUCGCGCAUGAAAGGGCGGCUAGGGAAGCUCGUCCUGAGGUGUCUGCUUUUGCUGAACACUCAGCUGAGACCUUGGAAGCGGAGGAGUUGGAUGAAGCCUUGGAGACUUCGUUGCUGGCCACCUCUGAUCCUAUGCAGAGGCUGAUGGUUCUGCAAAUGAAGCAGAUGUCGCUGCUGUCGCGGCAGAUCCAGUCCAGGCAGCCGGCCGAUCCUAUCCAAGCCGUUCUGGGCAGCGGGUCUAGCGACAGCAAUGGAGGCAGCACCAGUGGCAUCAAGGGCUGUUUGGCCCGUGAGGCCUUCGUGAAGAUUUCUGAGGAUUUGCUGAAACUUGCAGAGGUUGCGCAGGCUAAUGCUCUGAAUGAGUUGGGCCGUACUUCAACCCAAAACACACCUGGGCUGAUGCGCGACUAUUUGGAGCAGAGAGUUCCUCUAGGAAACUUCAAGCAGCUAACCCAGUUUGGUUAUUUGGCAGCAGCUGCAUGGGAGAUAGGCAACCGGACCAGUAACAAAGAGCUUCAGGGUUUUGCUGCCAAGAUGCUCAUGUUUAUUGAACAGUGUGCUAUGGACAAUGGGAAGUCAAACCUGGGAUGGCUGAUGACAGGUUUGCCCGAUCCGAAUUUUGCUUUGGUGCAUCAGCACCAACAUCGGAGCGGCAUGAAACCCUUCACGAGGUUGGCAGCUGCGAGCUGGGUGGCUGCCAACGUAUCAUACCUGCGGGAUUUGGACUUUCUCGAAACCAAGAUCCGCAACACUGACAGGCCUGAAAAGGGUGCAGCAGGAGGAGGAACCAAAGAGGGCGAUGACAAGCGGCCGCAACCCAAACGGCCACCAAAGAAGGGCAAGCCGAAAGGAUCUGAUGCAGGGGCCGGGGAUGCCUCCUCCGCGCCUGGAACAAAGCUCACCUCGGCGGUUGGUGGAUUGGGUGAACCCUUGCUGUUCUCUUCUUCGUUAGCGCAGAGAGGGUCGUCAGCCUCUACUGCGGUCACAGUCGGGGGAAUCCUGAUUCACGCCUACGCCAUGAGCUCCGGGCGCCCUGGGCCAAAACGCACAGAACAAGGGUCUGGCAACCGACAUGAUGCCAGGGCGUCCUUGGAUGAAAUUCGAUGCACAGAACUGGUGAGCCUGGUCUUGGCAUUGGCCGGUGCUUCACACUGUGGUUUGGGGGCUUUCCUGAAGCGGAGCCUCCAGCCCCCUCGCAAUGCUUACGGAGCUGUUCCCAGAUCCGACCUUUGGCCUUGUCCCCUACCUCGGUGGCGAUGGACAGGCAGCACCAACUUGUCCCCUAAGAGGCGGAGGAAACGCCGCCGUUUGGAGCUUCAUGCAAGGUGCGUCCAGCACGUGAUUGCCACGCUGAACUGGUUGACUCUGGGCCAUGCUAAGAGCCCACCUGCACAUGCUAGGCUUGGAUCUCCCAUCUCCGGGAAGCAGCAUUGUAUCAUAGAGCGCAUCGAGGAGAUGGUUCACUAUUUCUUAGAUGCGCCUGAAGUGCAAUUUGGCGACCUAGGGAGGGCCGGUGACAAGUUGGUUAAUUUGUUGAAUGCAGCCUUCAAGCUGGAUGCAAGUGUUCCUUUGUCCUUUGAGGAUUUGGGUAGUUUUUUAGACCUUGUUUUCAAGGAUUUGGACCCCUAUAGUAGCAAUGGGAAAGCGCAUGAAACAAGCCACCCUCCUACUGCCGCUGAACCUAUGAGUGCCAGCCUGGAAGCGCCCAGCACUACAGGACCAGGAGUCAGGGUUCCAUUGUCCACUGUUCCUGCUAAGCCGGUAAUAGCCAGUAGGAUUAAAUGGAAACUUGGGCCCAGUUUUGAUCCUUCUCCCUACCUUAGUGAUCCCCUCGUCCAUGCUGCGUAUCAAGACCCUGAAGUUCUCAGAACGCCUGAACACACCUGGCCUGUGCGGGCCAAAGGCCGUGUACACUGCAGUCGACAAGAUUUGUUGGCGCUGGCGGCAAAAUGGGAUGCUUUGGGAGCGUGUGACAUUAUUCCGGUUGAAGAAGUGCGAGCUGACGAGGCAGUUGGUUUGUUCUCAGUCCCCAAGGAUGCAGAGUUUGACCGCUUGAUCAUCAACCCUACUGUUAUUAACUCUCGCAUGGAGACCAUCAGCACCUUCACUAAGUCCAUUGCCCCCGGUCAUCUUAUUGGUAUGAUUCGACUUCCCCCUGAAGAAGAUCUUCGUAUCAGUUCUGAUGAUUUAUGUGAGUUUUACUACACUUUUCAGGUUAGCAAGGCCAGGGCGUCACGAAACGCUAUUGGUAUGGUUUUUCUGGGGAGAGAGCUGGCACACCUCCAAUGUUAUUCCCCGUCACUGGCAGAUAGCAAGGUUUACCUGUGUUUGGCUACGCUGGCUAUGGGGGAUGGGUUAGCUGUUGAAAUUGCACAACAGAGUCAUUUCAAUCUGCUACAUUCGAGGGCAGGGUGCAUGCUGGCUUCUGAAGUUUUGGCAUAUCGCCGACCAAUCCCUAAAGGGCCUUUUUACGAACUGCUCACCAUUGAUGACCAUAUUGGGUUACAGCGUGUGCUCAAGUCAGUUUCUUUGGAAAAGCAGGAGACUCGGGAUAAGGUUGUGUUUGCCAGAGCUAAUGAAGCUUAUGAUCAGGUUGGCCUCACUGCACAUCCGGGAAAAAGGCAACGUCAGGUAUCUCACACCACAGUUUUGGGGGCUGAAGUUGAUGGAAUUGCUGGACGGUGCAGUGCUCCACGAAACCGUUUGGCUCUGCUGAUGGUUUGCACGGCAGUGGUGGUAGUAAAAAGAAAGUGCACUCGCAAGCUGUUACAAAGUUUGUUGGGGUGUUGGGUUCAUGCCCUUCUUUUUCGCAGAUGCGUUUUCUCGGUUCUUGAAGCUGUUUAUUCGGAAGGUCUUGAACAUGACAAGGACACAGUUUUCACUUUGUCUCCUCAGAGCGUCAAUGAGAUGUUGUGCCUUUUGCUACUGGCUCCUAUGCUGCAAUGUGACAUGCGUGUGGAGGUUUGCCCGGAGCUGUUUACUAUGGAUGCCAGCCCCUAUGGAGGGGCAAUCUGCAGAACCGAGCUGGGUGAAUUUGCUAUGGAUGCCUUGUGGCUGCAGUCCGAGCAAAGGGGAUAUUACACAAAGCUGGAGCAGGGUCCCGGACUUGCGCUGCAAGAGGUGGGGCUUGAGUCCCUCGCCCAUUUUGGUGCUGAGAGUCAGGCGGACUUUUUCCCGCUUUCACGACCUCUGGUUUCCUUUGAGGCUGAAGCUGAAGAACGCUUUCUUUUCGACUGCAUUGAGCUUUUUCGUGGGCAGGGCAAUUGGAGUCGUGCUCAUGAGGAAGCCGGCCUCCGUGUCCACCCAGGGUUGGAGCGCAACGCAAAAGGAGUUUCUUUUGGAGAUCUUAGCGACGAUGACACUUUUCGGUCUAUGCUGGAUUUGGCAGGGAGCGGCGAAAUCAGAGAUUGGCACGCUGCUCCGCCUUGUUGGUCGUUUGGGACUUUGAGGCGACCGAGGUUGCGAUCCAAAGAAGAGCCUGCAGGUUUUUCACCAAAAGACCCUGUCACUUUUGAGCAGACCAGAUUGGCUGUGCGUACGGCCUUUCUUCUCAUUGUGGCCCUCCUCGCUGGCUCCUAUGUUUCUUGCGAACAACCUGGUAGCUCUGUGAUGUUCCAUUUGCACAUUUUCCGGGUGUUGCUUAGUUUGGGAUGUCGUAUCACUAAGUUUUGCUUUUGCAGUUUUGGAAGCGGUUUCAACAAACCCUCAAAGUGGUUGCAUAAUAAGCCCUGGCUUGUGGAUCUACAAGGGAACUGCAGCUGCCCCUUUCGUGGUCAGCAUUUUGUGGUUCAGGGCUCCUUCACCAGACAGAGCAUCAAAGAGUUUGAUCAGCGCUGCAGGCCUGACACUUUUCAGGUGUAUGGGCGGGUUCCUCGUCCAGGCGAGGCUGUUUCGCAGUUCUCUGCGUCAUACCCCCUUCCUCUCUGUCAAGCUAUGUCGAAGGGCUGCGCAGCGUUUCUGGCUACAGGAGCUCAUUUGCAGACCGGCAGGGGCAGUGCAACUGUUGACGCCUCCAGCCGCAGUUCUCUGCGGCCUUGGCAUGAGGAUCCAGACUGGGUGGAAGACUUGUGCGAGUCAUUGACCUUCAAGGAGCUUUUUCGCUACAAGUUCAAACAAAGCGGACACAUCAACUGUCUGGAAUGUCGAGUUUAUAAGAGCUGGUUGAAACACUGUGCAAAAAGGUGGGCGGGUUGCCGUAUCCUUGGCUUACUGGACAGCCGUGUUACACUGGGAGCUGCAGCGAAGGGUCGGAGCAGCAGCAGAGCUCUGAGCCAUAUCCUGCGUUCCUCACUGGGCUACGUGCUUGGUUCGGGGCUGUACCCGGGGGGUAUUCAUUGCAGAUCAGCAUGGAACCGGGCUGAUGGACCUUCGCGCGAUCAUGCAGUUCCCGGGCCUUCCAAGCUCUGUCCUCAGUGGCUUUUGGAUUUACGUAAUGGCGACGAUCGCCUUUUCCAGGUCAUGGUGACCAGUUCUCGCUGGACUCGGCCGGUUGGCCGUUGGAUCAGGUUGUUGCUGAUCCUUUCUGGAGAUGUUGAGCCAAACCCUGGUCCUGAGGCCAGGGAUCCGCUUUACAAGCCUCGUGGAGAGUUAAGCAACUUGGUCGGGUUGACACAGACGACUGCUGCUAGGAUGGAUAGUUGUUUGCAAGCCUUUGGUGAGUGGCUGUUUGACGAAGUCGGUUGGACUCUGGACGACGCCUUGGAGAAUGCCGAGCGUGCGGACUUGAGCCUGCGCGCUUAUGGCAGAUUCUGUUUUUCAUCUGGAAGACCUCGCUAUGUGUACGUCUAUGCCAUCACCGCGGUGCAACAUUUGCGUCCACAGUUUAAAGUUUUCCUGGGUGGUGCUUGGAAAAUUGAUAAGCAGUGGCAGAUCGAAGAACCUGGCCAAUGCCGAGCUGUCCUCUCUGCGGCAAUGGUGCGAGGCAUUUUGACCCUGGCUUUUCUAUGGGGCUGGCAUUGCUUUGGCGGGAUCGUUGCAAUUGGAUGCGCAGGAAUGUUGCAUCCAAAUGAGUUUAUCUGUCUUGAGAGAAGAGACCUGAUUUUUCCUUCGGAUUCUUUGAGUGACACGCAGCUUCUGUAUGUUCACAUCAAAAAUCCAAAGACUGCCAGGUUUGCUCGAAAACAGCACGUGCGGAUCGAUGCCCCGUCUGUGCUUUUACUGGCACGUUUGCUGUUCGAGCAUUUGCCUCUGGACAGACGUCUUUUUGGGGCUUCCAUUGCUGUCUUUCGCAGGCAAUGGAACCACUGCUUAGACUAUUUGGGUGUCCCUCGACGUCAGAACCAAGCAGGGGCUACACCUGGUACUCUCAGAGGAUCAGGUGCAACUGAUCUCUACUACCGCACAGAGGAUCUGCAGAAAGUGGCCUGGAGAGGCCGAUGGGCAAAGCUCAAAACUGUGGAAUACUAUGUGCAAGAGGUGGCGGCUCAACUCUUUCUGCAUCGGUUGCCUGAGCCGGUCAAAGCUAGGAUCGUUUUGUUAGAACAGCAUGUUUGGACGGUUCUUCGCUCCCAGUUUUCUUCCUUUUUUAGCAAUCUUGCGGAGCAGAAUCGGACGGAUGGAGGGAAGGUGGCAGAUCGGAUGAAGAGCAUCCGAGCUCCGCCCAGGGGCGGCUAUCCUGCAGCGCCCAAGGCUGCUGCAGAGCCAGAAGUCAAGUGGAAGGCCGUCAAAACGCCCGAGGGACACACGUACUACUACAAUUCCAGGACCCGGGAAUCCACCUGGGAACGUCCUCUGGCGCUCGGAGGACCUAUGGUCUACCGCGUGGGCGAUGAAGUGGAGGUCUGGAGCAAUGGCCAGCGCUCGUGGUGCAGAGGCAAGGUGCUGCAGGUGACGGAGGACAAGGUCACCGCAGAAUUUGCCCUGCCCGACGGGGCAAAUGCGCGGAAGGAACUUCCAUCUCAACACAAGGACCUGCGCGUGUUGCCAGCGAAGGAGUCUCAAUGGACUGCCGAGGAACAGGAAGCGUACCAAAAGUGGUUCAACUUGAUUGAUGGAGGGAGUGCCUCGGAGAAAGCGGCCAAGCCCAUUUCGCUGUUCCUCUGGAAGUCGGAGCUGCCCCGGGAAGCGCUGAAGCAGGUGUGGGCGGUGGCAAACUCCGGGGCCAAGGCCAUGCUGAAGUUUGAGGUUUUUGCCUGCUGCUGUCGCCUCGUUGGACACUGUCAGGGGAUGGAUGCCGCCUUCGUGAAGCAAGGUGAACGACCCUUGCGAGUGAAGUUGCGGAGCGAAUGUCUUACUACACCGCCCCCGGCGAUGCCCAAGUUCAAGGUGUAG